UUUUUUUUUUAUAUUAUCCUUUAUUAUAUCCUUCUAUUCUACAAAGUUGUUAUUUCUAUUCCUACAUUCUUCUAUUCUUUAGGAAUAACAUCAUAUAUAGUAUUUGUAGUUUUCUUUAUUCUCCCUACUUUUUUAUAUACUAUUUAAAAACAUGAAUCCUUCACCUUCUAGUCAUCCUACUACAGUAUCAAAUCCAAAUGUCAACAUUAUGCCUGCCGAAUUGGUAGUAUCCUAUUUGAAGAAAGAAGGAUAUACUGCAACUGAAUCUGUCUUCUUGAAAGAACUCAAUGGUAUUCCUGUUGAAUUACCAAAUGACUCUUCUAAUGGACGAAUAACAAAUGAAUCAGAAACAGAAACAACAAGAGCAGCAUUAGAGAAAAGUGAGGACAAUGACGAUCCAGUGACAUAUGAUAUUAGUUACAAAAGUUUACGCGAAUGGAUAGAAAACUCUUUAGAUUGGUACAAGCCUGAACUUCGAUCUGUUCUCUUUCCAAUAUUUGUACAUGCUUACCUUGAUUUGAUUCAAAAACGACAAAUAGACCAAGCGAAGGAACUAUUUACAACAUAUCAAUCAGACCAUAUUGAAGUACAUACACCGGAUUUGAAACGAUUAGAGUCAAUCAAGGAACCUCAACAUGUUCGUGAAAACGAAUUGGCACAGAUUUAUCGAAACAACAAAUAUAACUUGCGGAUGUCUAGCGUGCCUUUUGAACUGUUUCUCAGCUAUCUACAAGAUAAUCGAUUCAUGCUUCUACUACGUAUUGUCAAUCAAUACAUCAAUAUACAAGUGGUGCAUGGCAAGCUUUUGAAAUCUGCUGGCGGAUUAGAAUUGGACGAUGUCAUUGGAAUUACUGGUCAUCAAUCACAACAUCUAGAAACUUUCAAUCAACAACCAGUACAACUCGGACAACUGCCCAUGGAUCCAGCUUUCAAGGAAGAAAUGGAACAAGCUUUGAAGGAUGAAGAACAAAUUAGCAAGGAUGAAACUUCUGAAAACCCUGAUACAACUACAAAUUCAUUACUCGAACUAUUCAAGAAAGUGACUCAAGACCAAGGUGUAAAUAGUCCAGCUUUAAAUGAUAUACCUCUUCCUCCAUAUCGUGGGACUGAUAUUCAAGCCGAAAUCAAUUUACUGAAAGAUAUUCAAAAAAGAUUACCUUUGGGACAUGAUUCAUUACCAAGCAUUUGUUGUUAUACAUUCCACAAUACAUAUGAUACUUUGAAUUGUUUAUCGGUGACGAAGGAUGCAUCACUAGUCGCAGGUGGAUUUUCCGAUUCUUUUGUCAAAAUUUGGAGUCUGAAAGGGGAAAAACUCAAGGGAUUUCGAAAUACCAUUAAUCCGGCUUAUAUUAAUGAUUAUGAUGAUCUCAACAGACAAAAGGAACGUCAUGGUUCUGAAUUCAAAAAAUUAGUGGGACAUUCCAACUCGGUAUAUGGUGUUAGCUUUAGUCCGGAUGACAAGUAUUUACUCUCCUGUUCGGCAGACAAGACAACAAGAUUAUGGAGCACACAAACCUACACUAACUUGGUGAUCUACAAAGGUCAUAAUUAUCCUAUUUGGGAUGUGGAUUUCGGUCCAUUUGGAUUUUAUUUUGCUACUGCUUCUCAUGAUCGUACGGCAAGACUUUGGAGUUGUGAUCAAAUUUAUCCUUUACGUGUAUUUGCGGGACAUCUCUCCGAUGUAGAUGUGGUUAAAUUCCAUCCCAAUUCCAAAUAUGUGGUAACUGGAUCAAGUGAUAGAACAGCAAGAAUGUGGGAUAUUCAAACUGGUAAAACAGUUCGUGUGUUUACGGGACAUAGAGGCGCAAUUAAAACAGUAGCACUAUCACCUAAUGGACAACUUAUGGCAUCGGCAGGGGAUGACCACACUAUCAUGCUUUGGGAUCUUGGAACGGGUAGACGAUUAAAGACAAUGACAGGCCAUACGGAUAUUAUUUAUUCCCUUCGAUUUAGCAUGGACAACAAUGUUUUAGUAUCGGGUGGAGCCGAUGACACAGUACGAGUAUGGGACGUGAAUCAAGUCAAUACAGAUAUAUCAGAAUCGAAAAUGGAGUCAAAACGAAUACGAUUGGAUUCUUCUUCUUCUUUAACAAGACAAAUAGGCAAAGAACGAAAAAUAACGGAAAGUAAGGAUCAUCUUGGAGUAUUCCCUACAAAACAUACACCCAUUUAUGAUAUUCAAUUUACAAAUCGAAAUCUUUGUCUUGUUGCAGGUGCAUUCAAGCCUCCCCUUUAGAAUAGUUCUCAAUUUUUCGUUUUCAUUUUUUAUUUUUAUUUUUAUUUUAUUUUACCCAAAUAAAGAAAAUAAAAAGGAAAUCCUCACUCACACACA